CCCAUCUCUAAACAACUGUUUUGGUUGAACAAAACAAUUGUUUGCGCCAAUUGUUUACAGAAUCAGUGUAAAAAACGACUAAACAAACAGUUGGUGGGCGGUUGAAGGCUGGCGAAUCUCAGAUAAGACUAUUCCAUAAGUGAUGGAUAGCCAGGCACCGAUCGACGAUCUGCUGCUGGACAUUGUGGACAAUGCUUGGCGCAUGGAAGUACUGCCUUUCGACCAGAUUCUAGUGCCACGCGAAAAGCUACCCGAUCCGGAGGCCGACGGCGGUGAUUCACACUUGACGGUGAGCGAGCAGGAGCAAAAGUGGACUGAUCUGGCCCUGGGUUCCUUAGCCCCAGAUGCGGCUUUGAUUGAUCAGCUCAACAUCACUUCUAUCUAACCAAGGACCGGGAGUCCGCGGGCGAGUGCCA